AUGUCGGCCAUCGGACAAGCUGAGGUGGACAGGCGCAUCGCUGUUGCGAUGAGAGAAGCGAAAGAGGAUACCCUGCGUCUGCCUGAAGCCCAGAACAGUACCGCAACCCAGCAGGCCGGCAGCCAGCCGAAAAUAACGAAGUAUGAUAAACAAGUGGCUACCGUGCUUGACGUUGUUAGACCCCUUGAGUGGGCUCUUGAAAAUGGACAACCCGUCGAACGUAGGAUCAAAAGCAGAGAGUCAAUCACUGCAGCUUUACUUUACCGCCGAGGAGUGGAGGUCGCGAGAUGCGUGCGGUGCCAGACAAAAGGUCCUUUUGUCAGGUUGAAGUUCGAGAAGUCCAAGGGUGAUAUGUGGGCCGAGGCGGACACACAACUUGUUCUUCCAAACGGAGGCUUGCGGCAAACGCUACAGCUCAUUGGUGAGGAUGGAUUCGACUUUUUGCGCGUUAAUGAUGAAGAUUCCGCCUCCGAGGCCCAGGAGUUGGGCGAAACAUGUGCUCUUAAUGACUCAUCUCCAGCUCAUCAAUCGGAAGACACUGCGCUCAGUGGCACCAUUCAUUCCUCGGAAGAGCAGAGUAUCCUGCCAACGGGCGCCACAAACAGCGGCAGCGAAAAGGAAGCCGAAGUUUACCAGGCGGCAGAUACCUCGUUGUUCGACCCCUCUGCCAACGAAUCAGUCUUGUUGGCAGAGGGGCCGUGGUGUCGGCUUCUCUACUCGGAAGAAAUGCCAGCAGAUGACUGUGAAACCUUGCCACAGUCGUCCGCCACGCAAAUCGGUGAAGAUAUCUGCUCAUACCCUCCGGCCGGCGAUUGCCCUUUGGCUUUGGUGCUUGAAGACGCUGAGUACAGCAUCGAACACGAGCCUCAGAAGAACAAGCAGGAAUAA